GCCGUUGGCGGAGGGAUCCAGCGCGCGCAGUGAGGCUCCGUGAAGCGGCCCUCGGUGCGUCCCGGCUGGUGCGGCUCCUGCCUCCCUCGCGACGCCGUUGCUGCCCUCGAAGCCUCCGGACGCCGCCGCCUCCUCGCCUCGCCGGUCCCGACAAUGGCUGACCAGCUGACUGAAGAACAGAUUGCAGAAUUCAAGGAGGCCUUCUCCCUCUUCGACAAGGACGGAGAUGGCACCAUCACCACCAAGGAGCUUGGCACCGUGAUGAGGUCCCUGGGGCAGAACCCCACUGAGGCCGAACUGCAAGACAUGAUUAACGAGGUGGAUGCGGAUGGCAACGGCACCAUCGACUUCCCCGAGUUCCUCACCAUGAUGGCGAGGAAGAUGAAGGACACGGACAGCGAGGAGGAGAUCCGGGAGGCCUUCCGGGUGUUUGACAAGGAUGGGAACGGCUACAUCAGCGCCGCUGAGUUGCGCCACGUGAUGACAAACCUUGGCGAGAAGCUGACGGAUGAAGAAGUGGACGAAAUGAUCCGGGAAGCUGAUAUUGAUGGAGACGGGCAGGUCAACUAUGAAGAGUUUGUGCAGAUGAUGACGGCAAAAUGAAGCCCGCAGACGGAGUGGCUGGCAAGGCCCGUUUUCUCCUUCGAUAACUUUUCUCCCACACACUCUCUCUACUUAAGUAACCUGGUUCUCUAAGCAAACAAAUCGGCUGUGGAAUAAAUCUGACCAAGCAAUUAAAGUGAAAAAAAAAAGGAAAAAAGAAGAAAAACCUUCCCAAGCUGCAUGAUUGCACUCCUCUCUCCCUCCUCCUCUUUUUCACUCUUCCUUCCUUCCUUCCUUCCUUCCCAGGGUCCCCUGAGACCCUCUCGGCCCUUCUGGAUGUCUUCGUUUCCAUCGGGUAUUCUGUUCUGUAGUCAGAGCUGGCCCCAUAUCUCAGGGUGCAGAUUCUUCCUUUUCUUUCGAGAACACCCCCGCCACACACACACCAAUCACACACCCCACCACCACGAAGGGGUGGAGAGAGUGCAAAACCCCUUUUCCAGUCCUGUUGCAUGUGUCCGGGCGCUGCAGUUGUGCGCGUUGACCUGGCAGUCACCACCGAGGGUCUUGCCCCAAGGAACACCAGGCGUAUAAGCAGGAAACGGGGAGGGGGUUUAUUUUUGUGUUCCUCCUUCGUUUUGUUGGGGCGGUGGGGGGGGGCGCAGAUUCCCCACCGCUCGGAUGUCCGCGGUGGAAAGUGGAUCCUAUUGGCGCGACCUGGAGGGGAGAGGCGGAUUGAAGCGAGGAGGGGGGGGGCGGCGAGGGUCCCCAGCACUGUCCCAAUUGGCGCUUUUCCCAAAACACCCGACACACUCCCGUCUCUUGUUCUCAAGCUUGUAAAAAUUGUAAAAUGUCCUUUACGGUUUCCUACGCGUGGCAUCCGACUUCAGAGCUGCUAUGUACAUAUCUGAGGCGAUGGGCUUCCUCCCCCCCCCCACCUCUGGGAAUGGGAUGCGCCCCGCGAUGGCAGAGGCUUUCGGUUGGCCGCUUGGGAAGGUGGGGUGCGCGUGAGACCGCAAUAAAAGAGGGAAGCCUCCGCUGAGCGAAUGCCAACUGCGCCCGAGCGCCCCGUUUUCCUCUUCCCCCCCCCCUCCGCCAAUGCUUUUUUUCAUUUCUUCUUCCGUAGUGGCCGGCGCCUUUAACGCCUCUGACUGACGCACCUUCUUGGCUUCGGUGUCUGUGCUCUUUAGCUGUGGCUUCCUCCCUCCGCCUUUUCCCCUCUUGGCCCCUUCCCCUCCCCCCUUCUUACUGUCCCCCCCCCCUUCUUCUCGCGGCAAACGGCAUGAGCUGCAAACUUUGCUUCUCUCUUUUUUUCCAUUUUGUUUGGGUUUUUUUGUUCUGUUUUUUAAUCCAAUUUGGAAAAAAAAGAUGUUUGGGGGGUUGUUUUUUUUUUUCUCUCUUUUUUUUUUUCUUUUCAUCCGGGCGAGGCCAUUGAAACGAGAAGCAGACUCUGUCCCGAAUCUGGACGGGGAGAAUUCGCCUCCUGCGCUCCACCGAUGAGUCCGCGGAGGGGUCUUGCCGGAGAGUGUGGGGAAGGUUGAGCCAGAAUGUCUUUGAAAGCAGGUGGCGUUUGUUCAGUUCAAGCUGUGAAAAUAAAAUAAAAAAUUAUAUCAAUGUUUUCCAAUAAAAUGCAGUGACUACCUGA